UGAUAUCCUCUUGAGUUCACUGAGUCGCCGACUUGCAGCACAUGUCGUCAUUAAGCGCUUACGAAGUAUUUUUGAGUCUCCUUUAUUAAAGCGUCGGUGAAGCAUGAACACGGAGCUCGCCCAGCCGUAAGAAAGUCCCAAGGAAGGGCGGAGCCAGUCGCUUAUCGAGGACUGCCAUUAGUCAUUCAUUUCCUGUGCCCCUCGACAACAGAAGACAGACGCUAUCUUCGCCGUGUGGACCUCCUACUCCAGCUACUGCUUAGCUAUCACGGCGUACUAAACAUCCACGGUUUAGCUGCACUUUAGCCGUUGUCAUACGCAGCUUUGCUUGAUUUUACUUUUCGAUGGAUCGUGGCGAUGCGUGGUAUGGAUUGUGCACGGCGUACCACUCUCAACUGACUGGUGGCACUACCUUUGUUGGAAAUAUGGCCUUACUGCCAAUCAAGUCACAGUACAGAGGUCCAGCACCGAAAAGCAAUGAGGAGACUGACAUAGUUGAUGAAGCCCUUUACUUCUUCAAGGCAAAUGUCUUUUUUCGCACCUAUGAGAUCAAGAGCGAAGCUGAUCGCGUGCUCAUUUAUUUGACGCUCUACAUUUCGGAAUGUUUGAAGAAACUUCAAAAGUGUUCAAACAAGAACCAGGGUGUCCAGGACAUGAAAACUCUGGCCAUUUCAAAGUUUGAUAUUCCUGGGGAGGCAGGCUUCCCGCUGAACCCAGUUUAUGCCAAGCCCUCGUCACCCGCAGAAGCUGAGACCAUGCGAGCUUACCUGACGCAGCUGCGCCAGGAGUGUGGAGCACGACUCUGCGACAGGGUGUUUGACGGCGAGACCGGCAAGCCGAGCAAGUGGUGGCUCUGCUUUGCAAAGAGGAAAUUUAUGGACAAGAGCCUCUCUGGAUUUGGACAGUGAGCGUGCUCGAACACGACGGUGCACGAUGCGACUCCGCCACCUUCCUCACCUUGUAAAUUAUAAUAAAUCAAUCACUCUGAACUGCCACUAAAAA